AUGUCGGUCUUAUCGAGUGCCUUUAGCAACCUCCUAGGGGCCUCCACAACCUCAGCUGCUGGGAAGGUUGAGCUGCCCACAUCGGAAUCUGAGCCUUUGAAGGGCGACGGUCUUGCCGCGGAGAAAUGUGAGUUCAGAAUAGAGGGGAUGACUUGCGGUGCUUGCGUCGAGUCGAUAGAGGGCAUGCUUCGGACACAACCAGGAAUAUACUCCAUCAAAGUGGCCUUACUAGCAGAGCGCGGUGUCGUCGAAUUCGACCCAAACGUAUGGGACCCAGACAAACUUAUCAACGAAAUAUCUGACAUUGGCUUUGAUGCGACCCUGAUCCCCCCUGCGCGUUCCGACGUGGUGACGCUCAGGGUAUACGGUAUGACUUGCUCUUCAUGCACAUCCACGGUGGAAACGCAGCUCGGCGCCAUGCCGGGGAUCAAUAGCGUCGUUGUCGCUCUGGCCACGGAGACAUGCAAAGUCGAAUUCGACCGCAGCGUCAUCGGGCCGCGCGAAAUGGUAGAACGUAUUGAAGAAAUGGGCUUUGAUGCCAUGCUGUCCGACCAGGAGGAUGCAACGCAGCUGCGCUCCCUGGCACGGACAAAGGAAAUCCAAGAGUGGCAACGUCGCUUCCAGUGGAGUCUCGGUUUCGCAAUGCCUGUGUUCUUCAUCAGCAAAAUUGCGCCCCACAUAGGUGGGUUAUGCAUGCUCGUGGACGUGUGCUUGAUCCCCGGGCUAUACCUCGGCGAUCUGCUGGUGCUGCUUUUGACGACGCCUACGCAGUUCUGGAUUGGCGAGAAGUUUUAUCGAAAUGCGUACAAGGCGCUGCGACACGGCAGUGCAACGAUGGACGUGCUGGUCACGCUGGGCACUUCAGCUGCAUACUUUUAUUCCCUGGCCGCGAUGGUCGUCGCCAUUCUCAGCGGCGAUGAGGACCACCGCCCGUUCGUGUUCUUUGACACGAGCACGAUGCUGAUCAUGUUCGUCUCCCUCGGCCGCUAUCUGGAGAACCGCGCCAAGGGCCGCACGAGCGCGGCGCUGACCGAUUUAAUGGCGCUCGCGCCGUCGAUGGCAACAAUCUACACGGAUGCGCCGGCGUGCACGCAGGAGAAGAAGAUCGCGACGGAGCUCGUCCAGGUCGGCGACACGGUAAAGCUCGUGCCGGGUGACAAGGUGCCCGCGGACGGGACGGUUGUGAAAGGGACCUCGAGCAUCGACGAGAGUGCAGUGACCGGCGAGCCGGUGCCAGUGUUGAAGCAGGUCGGGGACAGUGUGAUCGGGGGUACGGUGAACGGGCUCGGGACAUUCGACAUGGUCGUGACGCGCGCAGGCAAAGACACGGCACUCGCGCAGAUCGUGCGGCUUGUGGAGGAGGCGCAAACGUCCAAGGCGCCAAUCCAGGCGUUUGCGGACAGAGUCGCGGGGUACUUUGUGCCGGGUGUGAUCUCACUGGCGAUCAUCACAUUUUCGGCGUGGAUGGUGAUCUCGCAUGUGCUCAGGGAGACGAUCUUGCCGGAGAUGUUCCGCGCCCCGGGGGCGAGCAAGUUGGCGGUGUGUCUGCAGCUGUGUAUUUCGGUGGUCGUCGUUGCAUGUCCCUGUGCGCUCGGACUCAGCACGCCAACAGCAAUCAUGGUCGGGACUGGCGUUGGUGCGAAGAACGGCAUCCUCAUCAAGGGCGGUCGUGCGCUGGAGGCGAGUAGGUCAAUCAAGCGGAUUGUCCUAGACAAGACCGGUACGGUGACGGAGGGCAAGCUCACGGUGGUCGGAUCCGCAUGGAACGACGCGAAUGCCACAGACGAGGGUUCCCUGGCAGACGAAUGUGUAGAUGGGCUCACGCGCGCUGAGGUGAUUGGGAUGGUUGCUGCGACGGAGGCACGCUCCGAGCAUCCUCUGGCCAUGGCAGUCGCGGUGUAUGGCAAGGAUCUUUUGCGGCAGUCGAUCAUAGGUGCCCCGGAGAUGACCAUCAACUCGUUCGAAGGCGUACCAGGUGCCGGAGUGAAAGCGACUCUGACCCUUUCAGAGAAGAAGCGCCGGUAUAUUAUCUACGUCGGCAACGCGCGUUUUGUCGCUCAAUCUGACGAUGUCGAACUUCCUGCCGCGCUUUCUGUAUUCGACACAGACGGAGGAGCGCGGGGCCUCACGACGAUCUUUGUCUCGAUUGGGAGCUCUCCUGUCUCUAGACCUUCCCCCGUUCUGGCUCUUGCGCUUAUGGACUCCCCGAGACGCUCGUCUGAGCAUGCGAUCAGGGCCCUGCAGCACAUGGGCAUCGAGGUGAACAUGAUGACCGGCGAUGCGCAGGGCACCGCUCUGGCCGUCGCGAGAGAGGUCGGGAUUAAGCCGGAGGGCGUCUGGGCAAGCAUGAGUCCGAAAGGCAAGGCGGCGGUAGUCACGGAGCUCAUGGAGAAGGAUGGCGGGGGCGUAGCUAUGGUUGGUGACGGUAUCAACGACUCUCCUUCGUUAGUCGCGGCCUCUGUCGGCAUUGCGUUAUCCUCUGGAACCUCAGUCGCUAUCGAAGCGGCCGACAUUGUACUGAUGCGCUCGGAUCUCCUCGAUGUCGUCGCCGCGCUGCACCUCUCCCGCGCCAUCUUUGCGACCAUCCGGCGCAAUCUCAUUUGGGCGUGCAUAUACAAUAUGCUCGGCAUCCCGCUCGCGAUGGGCUUCUUCCUGCCGUGGGGUAUACGCUUGCACCCCAUGAUGGCAGGUGCGGCAAUGGCGUUCUCGUCCGUGAGCGUCGUGACGUCCUCGCUAAUGCUGAAAUGGUGGACACGGCCGGCAUCGAGCGUCAUGCCUGGCGAGAUUAUACCCCGGGAGUCGGUCUGGGACAGUCUGGGGGGUGUCCUGCGCAAUACGUGGGAUAGCGUCAGGAGUCUUGUGAGUGGCCGGCGGAACAGUGCUGGAUACAGCCAGCUGCCUGUGGAGAUGUCCGAGACUGUCUAA